GGUUCCCAUAGACGUGGUUACUCACAUGAUGACAUGUAAACACAGGUUACUCAGGUUAAUCUGUAGAUAAUUAUGUGAACAGACACAUGCUGGGCAGAGGGUAUAAAAGCUGCAGCUGCAGAAACGGUGAGAUUCUGAAGGACAUUGACUCCACGGCUGAGCAGGUACGACACACACACAUACAACCUCCGAGGAGGUGAAAGCAGAGGUCAGAGGUCAUGAUCACCGAUCUGAAACGUGUUCACUGGUGUAACCACAGCUCUUAUCUGGACUAGGACAGAACCAGAUUAGUAGCACAGAGUGUGGUGGGGUUCAGGUGGGGAGGCAGUACCAAGGUGUUAGUACUUUACUGGGACAGGUUUACCUGCCUGUGUGCAAGUGAUUGCCUGUAAAUGAACAUGUCCAAAGAUGACUUGACUGACACCUCAGUUGCCACGGUGACCUUCAGCUGAUGAGGUUUCUGUGGAGAGUUGGACCUUUCCUCUGUUCUGUGUCUUUUCUCCACUUCCUCUGUUUUCUCCCUCGUUCUGCUCUUUUCAUCUCGUCUUUCUUCUUCACAAACCCCCCUCCCACCCUCUUUUCCUUCUCUGCUCUGUUUCUGUUGGGUUCAGUCUUUGCAUUAGAAUUCUCCUCUUUCAGGGCUGCGAGGGCACUGAGGUAGGCUCCAACUCUCUUCCUGUUUCUUUGGCCUUCAGCUUUGUGUGAACGUGCAGCAGACAGGAGGACGUGUCACAUGUUGCUGAUAUUGUCAUGUCUCAGUGAGGUCAGAGCUGCUUUGUGACAUCGUCACCUCUGUGAAACUUUCACCUGGAGCUGAUCUCAGUCCAGCAGUAACUUUGAGCCCGGCUACAGCUGGAUCUGGUUACAUUGACUUUGAGCCCGGCUACAGCUGGAUCUGAGUGCAGCUGGAUCUGGGUGCAGUGACUUUGAGCCCGGCUACAGCUGGAUCUGAGUGCAGCUGGAUCUGGGUGCAGUGACUUUGAGCCUGGCUACAGCUGGAUCUGGGUGCAGUGACUUUGAGCCCGGCUACAGCUGGAUCUGGUUACAGUGACUUUGAGCCCGGCUACAGCUGGAUCUGGGUGCAGUGACUUUGAGCCCGGCUACAGCUGGAUCUGGGUGCAGUGACUUUGAGCCCGGCUACAGCUGGAUGUGGUUACAGUGACUUUGAGCCCGGCUACAGCUGGAUCUGAGUGCAGCUGGAUCUGGUUACAGUGACUUUGAGCCCGGCUACAGCUGGAUCUGGGUGCAGUGACUUUGAGCCCGGCUACAGCUGGAUCUGGGUGCAGUGACUUUGAGCCCGGCUACAGCUGGAUCUGGGUGCAGUGACUUUGAGCCCUGUUGUUGUGUCAACAAGAGGGUUAGUGUCAAGAUUAGUGAAACUGUAAAAUAUCAGGAAAUGAGGCUUUAAACUCAGAACUGAACCGUGAAACAUCUGUGUGCAUGAAUUCUGUGUUACAAAACAAAUAAUUGUGUCCGGAGAUGGUUUCCUCCUUGACUGAGAAGGUUGUGGUUCGUUAGGACAGAAUCAGUACUUUCCCAUCGUUAACCUAACCAGCUUACGGUCAUUAAACAGAUUCUGUGUUUAAUAUUUUACUCUUGCAUUGUGGGUCGUCCUGUUAGACCUAAACUUUAACCUGUGUGAUGUCAUCAUCCUGUAUUGCCAUAGCAACAGGAAGAGAAAAUGGUUUAGACAGAAACUUAAUGACACAUAUUCUAUAGUGCAUCCACUUCACAUUUGAUGUUUACUGACCUUUGGCCCUCAGGUUCUACUGCCUAAAGUCCACCUGCUGAACUCCUGACUCCUAAAUGAGCCAUGAGCCAUCACCAGAACCCUGCGGGUCCUGGUGUCGCCCUCAGUCAGUCUGUGAUCCUGUCUCCUCGUCCUCCACAUUCCCACAGUGAUGAGGAAGAGUUAGACCUAAACAAAGCCUUCGAGGUCCAGUGUUUCCAGCAGAUUCUUCAUCCUGCUGCUUCCAGUCCACCAGAGAAACGCAGAGUCUAUGAUGAGCAGGACUUUGAGGAGCAUCGUCAGUCUUCCCUCCACGUCCAUCAUCCUUUGUCCAAAUCCAGAAGAACCGAUGAGGGGUGGAGGGUGAACCCUAUAGAGGAAGACUCGGAGGAGAAGGCGAGUGAGGAAAAGCCCUGCAGUCAUGCUGAUGGAAAGGAGAGGCAGACCAACACCCCUUCCAGUGACCCGCUCAGCGACUCCACCUAUAAUGACGGCCACUCAGCUGGUUGCAUCAUGACGGGCGUUUCCAUAGACGACACUGAUGAGGCUGAGACACUGAUGUCCGUCGACCUGGAUGGCAUCAAGAGUCAUCGAUUAGACGACAUUCCAGCAGUCCGACGUCACCUGGUGAGGCGGAGCUCCAGAGGUCCGGUCGCAUACAUCACCAAGAAUCAAUUCAGCUGCCAAACACAGCUUCAGGGGGACCAACCAGACCGAACCCCUCAUGAGGUGUUCGUGGAGCUGAACGAGCUGGUGAUUGACAGGAACCAGGAGCCGCAGUGGAGAGAAACCGCUCGAUGGAUCAAGUUUGAGGAGGAGGUGGAGGAGGAGACGGAGCGCUGGGGGAGACCUCGUAUCGCCUCCCUCUCCUUCCGCUCACUGCUGGAGCUGAGAAAAACCAUGUCCCACGGGGCUGUGCUUCUGGACCUCAGGCAAAACACUCUGCCAGGAAUCGCCCAGCAGGUGGUGGAGCAGUUGGUGAUCUCGGAUCAGAUUAAAGCCAAAGACCGGGCCCAUGUUCUGAGAGCUCUGCUGCUCCGACACAGUCAUCCGAGUGAUGAGAAAGACCAUAGCUUGUUCAGCAGGAACAUUUCUGCAGCCAACUUGGCCACUGCCCUGACUGACGGCUACAGUCAAUCAGAGGCCUCCAAUCACACAACUAAUCACAGAGAGGCUGAUGGAGAACAGAGAGACGCUGCCGUCCUCUGUCACCCCAGAUCCAAACACGAAGUGAGGCUGAUGGAGAAGAUCCCAGAGAGCGCAGAGGCCACCGUUGUCCUCGUGGGCAGUGUGGGAUUCCUGGACCAGCCUUCAAUGGCCUUUGUGCGAUUGCAGGAGGCGGUUCUGCUGGAGUCUGUGCUGGAGGUUCCUGUCCCGGUGAGGUUCCUCUUCCUCCUGCUGGGCCCACCCACUGCCAGCAUUGACUACCACCAGAUUGGACGCUCCAUCUCCACCCUCAUGUCAGACAAGAACUUCCACAAUGCAGCCUAUCAUGCUGACGACCGCCAGGACUUGCUGACGGCCAUCAACCGCUUCCUGGACUGCAGCAUUGUCCUGCCUCCCUCAGAGGUGGGGGGCGAUGAGCUGCUGCACUCGCUCGCUCGCUUCCAACGAGAAAUGCUCCGAAAGAGGGAAGAAGAGCAAAGCGGAAAGGUCCAGGAGAAGACGAGCAGCACUGAGCAAGGCCAGGAUUGUCCGGGUCCAUCCAAAGCUGGUGAUGAGCCCCUGAGACGUUCUGGACGUCUGUUUGGGGGUCUGAUCAAAGACCUGACUCGACGCUAUCCUCAGUACCUCAGUGACAUCAGAGACGCUCUGAACCCUCAGUGCAUGGCCGCCAUCAUAUUCAUUUACUUUGCUGCGCUGUCGCCUGCGAUCACCUUCGGUGGACUUCUGGGUGAGAAGACCGAGGGGCUGAUCGGGGUGUCGGAGCUGAUUGUGGCCACAGCCGCGCAGGGCAUCGUGUUCAGCCUCCUGGGGGCUCAGCCGCUGCUGGUGAUCGGAUUCUCUGGACCACUGCUCGUCUUUGAAGAGGCUUUCUACACUUUCUGUAAGGACAACGGGGUGGAGUAUCUGACCGGACGGGUAUGGAUCGGCUUCUGGCUGCUGCUCAUUGUUCUCCUCACUGUGGCGUUUGAAGGAAGCAUCUUGGUUCGAUUUGUCUCCCGCUUCACUCAGGAGAUUUUUUCUUUCCUAAUAUCCCUUAUUUUUAUCUACGAGACCUUCUCCAAACUCAUCAAGAUCUUUCAAGAGCACCCCCUCCGAAAAUGUUACUAUGGAAACGAUACAGAGUCUCCAUCUCUGUGCAACUUCACCGCAGCAGUAAGGGAUUCUGGGAGGAUCGUUGGAGAGCCCAACACGGCCCUGCUGUCCUUUGUCCUAAUGGCAGGAACGUAUCUCAUUGCUUUCUACCUGCGCAAGUUCAAGAACAGCUCUUUCUUCCCUGGAAGGCUCCGCAGGCUCAUCGGGGACUUCGGCGUGCCCAUCGCCAUCCUCAUCAUGGUGCUGGUGGACUACAGCGUGGAGGACACCUACACCCAGAAGCUGAACGUGCCCAGUGGAUUCUCUGUGUCCAGUCCGGAGAAGCGCGGUUGGCUGAUUUCUCCUCUCGGGUCAGAUGGGCAGUUUCCUGUGUGGAUGAUGGGUGCCAGCGUCCUGCCAGCCGUUCUGGUCUUCAUCCUCAUCUUUAUGGAAUCCCAGAUCACAGCGCUCAUCGUCAGUAAGAAGGAGAGGAUGCUGGUGAAAGGAACUGGUUUCCACCUGGACCUGCUCCUCAUUGUGGUGGUGGGUGGAAUCUCAGCUCUGUUUGGUUUGCCCUGGCUGUCGGCUGCCACAGUUCGCUCUGUCACCCACACCAACGCUUUGACUGUCAUGAGCAAAGCCGUGGCCCCUGGAGACAAGCCACGGGUUCAGGAGGUGAAGGAGCAGAGGCUGACGGGCUUCCUGGUGGCUGUUCUCGUGGGUUUGUCGAUUGUGAUUGGAGAGGUUCUGCGCCAGAUCCCCCUGGCAGUGCUGUUUGGGAUCUUCCUCUACAUGGGCGUGAUGUCACUGAAUGGGAUCCAGCUCACCGAGAGGCUUGUCCUGCUGCUGAUGCCCCCAAAGUAUCACCCUGACCACAACUACGUGCGCAAGGUGCGGACGCUGAGGAUGCACCUCUAUACACUGGUCCAGCUAACCUGUCUGUCUCUCCUGUGGGUCGUCAUGGCGACAGCGGCGGCGCUAGCUUUCCCCUUUGUGCUGCUGUUGACUAUACCUGUGAGGAUGCUGCUGCUUCCUCGCCUAUUUACUGGGCGAGAGCUGCAGAGUCUGGAUGCUGAAGAUGCAGAGCCUCACCUGGAGGAGAAAGAGGCACAGGACGAGUACUCACAGCUGCAGAUGCCUGUUUGAGCUGAGCGGGAGUCAGGUCCCUUUGACCCUGAUCAUCAGAUGUUUCAGGUCAACGUUUAGUUUUAAAGAUCACACCCAAUGAAAAAUGUAAGCGAAGAGUGUUUGUCUCUGUCUCUGUGACCAUUAAAGGGCUUUUAACCCUUGAAGUGCUGUUUAUUUCACUUUUAACAUAACUUAGCAAACAAUGGAAAUGCAUGAUAUGUUCUCUCUGAACUCGGACUCUUUUUUUUCCCGGGUUGAGAUGUUUUUCCACAGACAUACGAUAAUUAUCGUAUUAAUACGAUAGUUUUGGGGUCUGUCCGAUCUACAAUAUUGUCGAGUCAAUACUAUACUAACUAUAUACAAUAGUUUUGACACUGCUGUUUGUGUUUUGAUUUAGUUUUGAUUGACACGCAGAAACUGUUUUCACUUGUAACUGAUUGGCUCCUCCAUCAAGUCUCUAGCUCUGAAAAUGAAUAAAAUAAUU